CAUAAACACUGACUAGCAGUCCUCGUGGAGACCACAACCUGGCCCUAGUGAGGCACAACGAGGAACUGGUUAAGUUCAGUGUUAGGAUUUGAACUGUGGUUAGGUUAACGUUAGGGUUAGGCACGAUUAAUGUAGGGGACAACGCUUUGUUUAGGCUGUCCAAAUGAAUGGAAGUCAAUGCGGUGUCCUAAGCAGCGCUAACCUGCGUGUGUUUCUGAAAGAAAAAAACAGUGAACCAAUGUAGACACGAUGAAAUUAUUCAAAAAAAGAAAAAGGAAAGAGGGGAAAUGGCGUUUUGGUGCCUUGAGAGAAGCAGAAGUACGCUACAAGAGAAGUUGAUCGAGCAGAUGCAGCUCCUGAGUGAAGCGCGUGUAAGUGGGAGGGUCUGCAGCACCUCUUCACUCACUAAAGCGGCGCAGAGCUCGUGAGCGCCAGUGUGGAUUACAGACAGCACGCAGGUGACUGGACCGAUGAGAUGAUACUCAAACACAGCAGGAGUCCUCUUCUGCUCACCGUCACCUGCAUGUACUUCUCAGGAGGUCUGCUCUGGUCCUACCAACAAGAGGAUGUCAGUGACGGUGAAGAGUGCUCCGACAAUAACAUUUCUACAAGUAAAUACCCCUGCGUGAAGUCGUCUGGAGCAGUCACGACGUGUUUCAGGAAGAAAUGUUGCAAGGGCUUCAAGUUUGUGUUGGGCCAGUGCAUUCCUGAAGAUUAUGACGUGUGUGCUGGCGCCCCCUGUGAGCAGCAGUGCACUGAUCAUUUUGGUCGAGUUGUGUGCACCUGUUACCCUGGCUAUCGCUAUGACCGGGAGCGCCACAGGAAGCGAGAAAAGCCCUACUGUCUGGACAUUGACGAAUGCGCGGAUAAAAACACGACGGCAUGUUCUCAGAUCUGCAUCAACUCUGUGGGGAGCUACAGGUGUGAGUGUGAGAAAGGCUUCUUCCUUGAAGAAGAUGGUAAAACGUGCACCAACGGGGAGAGAGCAGUGCAUCUCUUUGAGAAAUCCGACAACGUGAUGAAUGCUGGAACCUGCUCAGCCACCUGUGACGAUUUCCACCAGAUCAAGGUGUCUGUUCUGCAGCUUAAGCAAAAGAUGGCCAUGCUGUCAAAUAGUGCCGAUGUCCCUGAGCAGAUGACCAGUGAGAAAAUGCCUGCCAUGUUUUUACCGGGUCCUCCAGGACUCCCUGGCCCUCUAGGAGAUCCAGGACCAGAAGGCCCUCCGGGACUUAAAGGUCCAUCGGGGCCACCUGGCCCUCCUGGUCCUAGGGGCUUAAUGGGGCCCAUUGGACUCACGCCAGACCUGUCCCACAUCAAACGUGGCCUUCGAGGACCUGUGGGCACUCCAGGAGCACCAGGAAAGGACGGCCUAAAGGGCGAGAGAGGAGCUCCUGGGCCUGUUGGACCACCAGGCCCACCAGGCUCUUUUGACUUCCUGCUCCUGCUGAUGGCAGACAUCCGUCAUGACAUCGCUGACCUGCAGAGCAAGGUGUACGGCCGACCGAUGCCCUCCCCAGUGGACGACUUUGCUGCAGUUCCCGACGGCUGGAGGGACAACCAGGAGAGUAUAGAUACAGGGUCUGGUGAGGGCGAUGAAGAGGCUCCACCUCGAACAAGCGGAGGCUCCAAGAGGACCAAGAUGAGGAAACAAGCACGAGAAAGAACUGACUUUGACUAAAAUAUUUAAAGAGGGUGGAUUUAAAUACUGUAUGCAGAUGUAAAUACUGUGGCUUGUAUUUUUAUUUAAUUGCCCUGUAUUUUUUUUUAUCAUAGAUUUAUUUUU